UUGUGAUUUCUGGACAAUUUUGUAUUGUAAACAAUGAUACCAUUUUGCUGUAAUAACUUUUGGGAUUGGGACAUAUCAUGGAAUACCCAAACAUUUCCCGAUUUUACCAUUUGUUUUGAAGAGUCGGUUCUCAUUUGGAUUCCGUGUCUCAUAUUCUGGAUGUUAUCAUUGAGUGAAUCACUAUUUAUAAGUAAUAAAUACUACAAAACUAUAUAUUCAUGGGAUUUCAUCGAAUCGCUUAAAAUUUUUUUAGCAUUCAUUUUGUUUGUAUUAAAUGUAAUUGAAUUUGUUUCCAAUUUUACUGGCGAUUCACAAGAAUCUAAUGCAUCAUUAAUUGACUUCAUUUCGCCAUUUGUCAAGUCUAUCACAUUUAUUUAUUUCAUACAUCGCUUACAAGUUCAUCACAAAUAUAGUUAUCAUUCAUCGGCAGCGGUAUUCAUAUUUUGGUUACUUUUAACAAUUGGCACCACUUUUAACUACAGAACUAUAAUUACUCUCAUUUUCACAGACAAUGAUAAAAGCGUUUUAUUCUUAAGUGAAACUAAAUUUAUAAUUAAAAUACUUUCGUAUCCAAUAAUUUUGACACAAUUUAUAUUAUCGUGUUUUUCAAACUACUCAUAUGAAAACUUAAACACAAUACAAAAAAAAACAAGUCCCGAAAAAUAUGUAUCAUUUAUAUCUCAAAUGACAUUUAAUUGGUUCAAUAGUAUGGUUAUAAAGGGCCGCAACAGGACAUUGACGACCAAUGAUCUCUGGGAUCUCGAUGUUCAUAAUUUGAGUAAUUAUAUUAUUAACAAAUUCAACAAAAUUUGGUUACCAUUGCUGAAUAAAAAGAAACUGUUUGAAAAUGAGAUGAAAAGUAAAACUAAAAACCAUAUCAAACUAAUUGGUCCGCUUUUGAAGACAUUUUGGUUGCAAAUGUUUUUCGUCAGUCUCAUCAAACUGAUGGCCAGUAGUCUAGUAUUUAUCAGUCCAUUAGUAUUGGAUAGUCUUUUAUCAUUUAUGAAUCCCAAUAAUACUGAACCCUAUUGGAGGGGGUAUUUCUAUGCACUAAUAAUGUUUGUGGCGCUUAUGAUUGAAUCCAUACUUAACAAUCAAUAUGAGUAUCAAAACAAUUUGCUUGCAAUGAGAAUAAGGGCCACUAUUAUCUCAGUUAUUUAUAAUAAGACUCUUAAGCUAUCGAGUUGUGGACGAAAGAGCUUCACUUCCGGAGAGAUUGUAAACCUAAUGUCUGUUGAUUGUCAACGAGUUAUUGACUUCUUUUUGAUGGUCAACUUUGUCUGGUCAGCGCCUCUGCAGAUCACUAUAGUACUGAUACUAUUGUGGCAACAGUUGGGAAUCGCAACACUCGCUGGACUUGCAUUUCUCGUCAUAUUAUUGCCAUUUAACUCUUAUAUGGCUAAUAUUGUCCGCAGUUUUCAAUCACAACAAAUGAAAUUCAAAGAUCAAAGAGUAAAACUUAUGAGUGAAAUAUUGAAUGGCAUUAAAGUUCUCAAAUUGUAUGCUUGGGAACAGUCUUUUAUGGACCGGUUAUUGAAAAUCAGGGAAAAUGAAGUGAAAUCACUUAAUAAAGCAGCCAUUUACCAGGGUGCUAUUACAUUCUCAUUUGUAUCAGCUCAUUUUUUUGUUGGAUUAGUUAGUUUUGGCACUUAUGUGUUUAUAUCGCCCGAUAAUAUCUUAAAUCCAAAUAAAGCAUUUGUCUCACUAUCACUCUUCAAUCUAAUGAGACUACCUUUAGGAUACAUUCCUGUAUUACUUUCAAUGAGUGCAUUAUAUUUGGUAUCACUUAACAGAAUCGAUGAUUUUUUGAAUGCCGAUGAAAUCGAUGAAAAUUCAGUUUUUAGAGAAAAUAACGCAAAUAUACCGAUAAUUAUAAAUAGCGCCACAUUUUCCUGGAGUAAGGAUUGUUCACCACUUCUUAAAGAUCUAUCAUUAUUUGUUAAACCCAAGCAAUUAGUUGCUAUUGUGGGACAGGUAGGCGCUGGAAAAUCAUCAUUACUUUCAGCAAUUUUAGGCGAAAUGGAAAUCCUUAAGGGAACUGUCGGUGUCAGUGGAAAAAUUGCUUAUGUAUCACAAGAGGCUUGGAUUCAGAAUAAAACAAUUAAACAGAAUAUUCUGUUCAACGAAACAGUUAACGAAAGGUUUUAUAAUAAAGUUCUUGAAUCCUGUGAUUUGACAAAUGAUCUGAAAGUUCUGAUGGCCGGAGAUAUGACUGAAAUCGGAGAAAAAGGUAUCAAUUUGUCGGGCGGUCAGAAACAACGGGUUUCGUUAGCCAGAGCUCUCUAUUCUAACGCUGACAUCUAUUUAUUGGACGAUCCAUUGAGUGCUGUUGACACACAUGUUGGUCGACAUUUGUUUAAUAAAGCUAUCGGUCCGAAAGGUAUGUUAAAAAAUAAAAUAAGAAUUUUGGUGACACAUCGCAUCUCAAUAUUACCACAAGUGGACCAAAUUGUUGUCUUAAAAAACGGAACUAUUUCUGAAUGCGGAACUUUUGAUGAAUUAAUUGCCAAAAAUGGAUAUUUUGCUGAAUUUAUUACAGAAUAUUUGAUGCAAGAGUCUGACUCUGAUCCUGAAAACGAAGACAAAACUGUAAUUAAAAAAUUGAAACAACAAAUGCAACCAUUGAUAGACUCGUCUAUUGAGGAAUCAAUCAGACAAUCCAUUAGCGGUUCUACUAAUUCACUGAAUAAUACCAGAAGAUUAAUAACAAGAAAGUCGUCGAGUAUUUUAAGUGUAAAAAGUAGUAAAUAUGGCAAACAAGAGGAAAGUAUUCAAAUUAACUCAAAAUCAAAAAUUGGUUGUUUGAUUGACAAUGAAAAGGCAGAGACGGGAUCAGUUAAAUUACAAGUCUAUAAAAAUUAUAUUAAAUUAAUUGGUUAUGCGUUUAGCGCUGUUAUUAUCAUAUCAUCAAUAAUCUCAAAUGUAUCACAAGUAUUGGCAGGUCUUUGGCUCAAUGAGUGGUCUAACGAUGCGCUAAAUUCAAGUAAUUAUAAUAAUACAAACUUAAGAAAUAUAAGACUUGGAGUUUACGCCGGUAUCGGGAUAUUAGACGCAGUUUUUAAUUUGAUUGCAAAUAUAUCCGUAAGUCUUGGCUGUAUUAAUGCAUCCAAAUUAUUGCAUAAUAUAAUGCUGAAGCGUAUCAUAAAAGCACCAAUGCACUUUUUCGAUACGACACCAAACGGUCGUAUUAUGAAUCGUUUCAGCCGAGACCUGGACACGGCUGAUGUGUCCCUCGUGUUUAACCUAAGGAUGACUAUAUUGCAAUUUUUUAGGAUAAUUGUGACAUUUGUUAUGAUUAGUUUAGAGACACCACUAGUGCUCGCAGUUGUCUUUCCGAUAUCAGUCAUCUAUUAUUUGAUUCAACAGUUUUUUAUCCCUACUUCUCGACAAUUGAAACGAAUUGAUUCAAUCACUCGAUCGCCAAUUUAUAGUCAUUUCAGCGAAACAGUCAACGGAUCGUCAAGUAUUAGGGCGUACGGAGUGACAGAAAAGUUCAUACAAGAGUCCAACCGACGGGUCGACGACAACCAUAUCUGUUAUUAUUCAAGUUUUACGGCCUCGCGUUGGCUAUCAAUAAGACUAGAGUUUUUAGGCUAUUGUAUUGUAUUGAUGUCUACAUUGUUUGCAGUCAUAUCACGACAUAAUCUUAGUCCUGGUAUUGCGGGACUGGCUAUCAGUUAUUCACUUAAUUUAACCGGAAUUUUAGGAAUGUUUGUCCGAUCGGCCACUGAAAUGGAGAGCAAUAUUGUUUCAAUUGAAAGAAGUAUUGAAUAUACAGAGACACCGAUUGAGGCCGAGUGGUUCAAUGAAUAUGCAAAACUUGAAAAUAAUUGGCCAGAAAAUGGUAAUAUUGUUUUUAGUAACUAUAGUACCAAAUAUCGUGAUGGCUUAGAUAUGGUACUCAACAAAAUUUGUAUUAAAAUAAAACACAAAGAAAAGAUAGGAAUAGUUGGCCGCACGGGUGCCGGCAAAUCAUCACUAACUUUAGCCCUGUUUCGACUCAUUGAACCGGUCGAGGGAACCAUUUUCAUAGAUAACGUUGAUAUCAGAAAAUUAGGUUUAUAUGACUUGAGAUCAAGGAUUACAAUCAUACCUCAAGAUCCCGCACUUUUUACCGGAACAUUACGUCUCAAUUUGGAUCCAUUUAAUCAAUACUCUGAUAAUGAAAUUUGGAGAGCAUUAGAGUCGGCACAUCUCAAGACUUUUGUCGACAGUUUGGAUAAAGGAUUAAGUUAUCAGAUAUCAGAAGGAGGAGAAAACUUAAGUGUCGGACAAAAACAAUUGGUUUGUUUGGCGAGAGCUUUGUUGAGGAGGACUAAGAUCCUAGUCUUGGAUGAGGCGACAGCCGCCAUUGAUAUGGAAACUGAUAGUUUGAUUCAAGAAACAAUUAGAAAGGAGUUUGAGUCGUCAACUAUUGUAACGAUUGCCCACCGAUUGAAUACAAUCAUAGAUUACGACAGAGUACUGGUUAUGGAUAAGGGAUCGGUAGCUGAGUUUGACAGUCCUAACAAUCUAUUGGCAAACUCUAGCUCUAUAUUUUACUCAAUGGCUAAAGAAGCCAAUAUUAUAUCAAUACAUUAAAAGUACAAAAAAAUACAUAUAAAUUUAUUAUAAAAA